GCCGGCGGAGAAGGCGGAAGAAAGCGGCGUCAGAGACUGGGGCUGGGGCUCCCGGCGGCCCGCGGACGCGGCGGCCUUCGGCCCUGGAGAUUGGCCUGCGGGCCGUCUCGCCUCGGAGCGCUGCAUCUGUCCUCUCUCAGCACCUCSGCAGAGCGGAGUUGGGCGGCGGGGCUGGAGCCCAGCCCGCCCUGUUCGACGGCCCAGAGCGCUCGAGCGGACAAUUAAUAAGUUACUAUGAGUCUGUUAAAUUGUGAAAACAGCUGUGGAUCCAGCCAGUCUGAAAGUAACUGUUGUGCUGCCAUGGCCAACUCCUGUAGCACUGCAAUCAAAGAUGACAGUGURAGUGGAAGUGCCAGCACAGGAAAUCUCUCCAGCUCCUUUAUGGAAGAGAUCCAGGGAUAUGACGUAGAGUUUGACCCACCUCUGGAAAGCAAGUAUGAAUGCCCUAUCUGCCUGAUGGCCUUACGGGAAGCAGUGCAAACACCAUGUGGCCAUAGGUUCUGCAAAGCCUGCAUCAUCAAAUCCAUAAGGGAUGCAGGUCACAAAUGUCCAGUUGACAAUGAAAUACUGCUGGAAAAUCAACUCUUUCCUGACAAUUUUGCAAAACGAGAGAUUCUUUCUCUUACGGUAAAGUGUCCAAAUGAAGGUUGUUUGCACAAAAUGGAACUGAGGCAUCUCGAGGAUCAUCAAGCACAUUGUGAGUUUGCUCUUAUGAAUUGUCCACAGUGCCAGCGUGCCUUCCAAAARUGCCAAUUUAAUAUUCACAUCCUUAAGGAUUGUCCGAGGAGACAGGUUUCUUGUGUAAACUGUGCUGUAUCCAUGGCAUUUGAAGACAAAGAGAUACAUGACCAGAACUGUCCUUUGGCAAAUGUCAUCUGUGAAUACUGCAAUACCGUGCUCAUCAGAGAACAGAUGCCUAAUCAUUAUGAUCUAGACUGUCCAACGGCCCCAAUCCCAUGUUCUUUCAGUACUUUCGGUUGCCAUGAAAAGAUGCAAAGGAAUCACUUGGCUCGCCACCUUCAAGAAAAUACCCAGUUACACAUGAGAAUGUUGGCCCAGGCUGUUCAUAGUUUAAAUCUUGCUUUCGAUGCUGCCUCUCCAUCCCAGAUGCCUUCUGGGUAUCGCCCAGAAAUUGAAAAUUUCCAGGAAAUCAUUCAACAGUUAGAGGGUCGCCUUGUAAGACAGGACCAUCAAAUCYGGGAGCUGACUGCUAAAAUGGAAACUCAGAGUAUGUAUGUAAGCGAUCUCAAACGGACUAUUAGAACCCUUGAAGACAAAGUUGCUGAAAUUGAAGCACAACAGUGCAAUGGGAUUUAUAUUUGGAAGAUUGGUAACUUUGGGAUGCACUUGAAAUCGCAAGAAGAGGAGAAACCUGUGGUCAUUCAUAGUCCUGGAUUCUACACAGGCAAACCUGGAUAUAAAUUGUGUAUGCGCCUGCAUCUUCAAUUACCAACUGCUCAGCGGUGUGCAAACUACAUCUCACUCUUUGUCCACACAAUGCAAGGAGAGUAUGAUAGCCACCUGCCUUGGCCCUUCCAAGGUACAAUACGCCUUACGAUUCUGGAUCAGUCUGAAGCACCUAUAAGGCAAAACCAUGAAGAAAUAAUGGAUGCCAAACCAGAGCUGCUUGCCUUCCAGCGGCCCACAAUCGCCAGGAACCCGAAAGGUUUUGGCUAUGUAACUUUUAUGCACCUGGAAGCCCUAAGACAGAGAACCUUCAUUAAGGAUGAUACGUUAUUAGUGCGUUGUGAAGUCUCUACCCGCUUUGACAUGGGUGGRCUUCGGAAGGAGGGUUUUCAGCCACGAAGUACAGAUGCAGGGGUGUAGCAUCCCCCUCAUUUGUUUAAAACAACAAACUGUAUGGAAAAAACAGUGCCUUCCCUUGCCUUGUUCUCAAUAAUAUGCAAACAAAAACACAGCAGGAAAGAUGUAAUACCCACCAGUGAAUGUUGUUAGAGAGGUUGCUUCUCACUUUUUCCUGUUACAAAUAUCUGAGGCAGUUUUUUUUUAAGGGAUCUACACCUUCCAUGCUUUUUCAGAAAUAUUAUAUCUAAAGUGCCUGUGGCAUGCAACAGCUGUUUUGUCAAUGAGUAUACCUCUUUGUUGUACUUUCAUGGGCAUUUACUCCAGGGUCUUAUUGUCACCAAGCCCAGAGUUGAGUGUGGAAGCUCAAACCUUUUAAUAAUAAUGAACUUUACUUUAAAACUCCAGCUUAUUUUUAUAUUAUUGUAUAUAAUAUAUUAAAUGUGAGAAUCACUACUACCUUGUGCUAGUGCCAGUAUGAAGAGUUGUUGCACUAGAGUGAAGUUCUCAUUCUCAUUUCAGAGGAUUUGAAGCAUAAUCCCUGGAAAGCUUAAGUUCUCAUGUUAACUAAGGAUAUUCAGGGACUAGUUUAACCCUGAAUAUAACCUUACUUUUUUAGUAUAAACAUGUCAUCUGUUGAAUAAAACCUGUUGAAGUAUUUAA